AUGUAUGCAUUGGACCCUAAAGACUUGAAGCCAUUGAAUAGCUGUUGCGAUGCUCGGAUUUCAGUUUUUGGUUCUAAGCUUCAUAAGAAGAUGCGAGACUCUAAUAUUUUUGUUGUGGGAUCCGGUGCUCUUGGAUGUGAAUUCUUGAAGAACUUUGCUUUAAUGGGGCUUUCUUGUGGCCGUAAAGGGAAGCUAACUAUAACAGAUGAUUAUGUCAUUGAAAAAAGCAACUUGAGCCGGCAAUUCCUGUUUCGUGAUUGGAACAUUGGACAGGCAAAAUCUACAGUAUCCGCUACAGCUGCUAGUGCUAUCAACUCCAGCCUCCAUAUUGAUGCUUUGCAGAAUCGUGCCUGUCCAGAGACUGAACUUGUUCUCAAUGAUGCAUUCUUGGAGGGCCUUGAUGCUGUGAUCAAUGCACUUGAUAAUGUCAAUGCUAGGAUCUACGUGUACAUGGGAUGCCUGUACUUCCAGAAACCAUUCUUGGAAUCUGGAACGCGGGGUCCCAAAUGUAAUACACAGAUGGUGAUUCCUCACCUUACUGAAAACUAUGGAGCUUCACGAGAUCCUCCUGAGAAACAGGCACCAAUGUGCACAGUUCAUUAUUUUCCGCACAAUAUUGACCAUUGUCUAACAUGGGCUCGCUCAAAAUUUGAGGGUCUGCUAGAGAAAACUCCAAAUGAAGUGAACUCAUUUAUAUCUAAUCCUGCUGAAUAUGCUGCUGCUAUGAGAAAGGCAGGUGAUGCUCAAGCCAGAUUACUUCUCUAA